CGCGGCUUUUCCCCCUGACCCGGCGCUUCCGCUAUUUCUGGGCAGGCAGAAGCAACGCAGCUUCAGUCUCACCCCGCCCGAGGGGGUGAAGACUUCGGCUCCCGUCCCGUCAGUCCCUCCCGUGCCCGUGCCCGCGGGACCAUCAGCGGGGCGCUCCGCGCUGCCAUGGCCGGCCGCCUGCUGCUCCUCCUGCUCUGCGCCGCGCUGCCGGGCCAGCUCCGCGCUCAGGAAGGCGUAUUCAUCAAGAAAGAAAACGCCGACAAGUUCUUGGAAAGAACAAAGCGUGCUAACUCUUUCUUCGAGGAAAUGAAGAAAGGGAAUAUUGAAAGAGAAUGCGUUGAGGAGCGCUGCUCAAAAGAAGAAGCAAGAGAAGCUUUUGAAGACAAUGAGAAAACUGAGGAAUUCUGGAACGUCUAUGUAGAUGGGAACCAGUGCAGCCCAAAUCCUUGUCACUAUGGUGGCCAGUGUAAAGAUGGAAUUGGUUCCUACACUUGCACAUGCUUGGAUGGUUAUCAAGGCAAGAACUGUGAAUUUGUCAUACCAAAGUUCUGCAAAAUAAACAAUGGUGACUGUGAGCAUUUCUGCAGCAUCAAAAAAGAUGGACAGAAGGAUGUAUUGUGUUCCUGUGCAGAUGGGUAUGUUCUAGCAGAGGAUGGCAAACACUGCGUUUCAACAGUAAAAUACCCCUGUGGAAAAAUUUUUGUGAGAAGAAAGAAAAGGUCGGUUCUUUUACCUGUUGAUUAUAGCAAUGUAACGAGUGAUCAAGAAGGCCCUCCCACAAACGAAACAAGCUCAGAGGAUGGCAUUGUUAUUACCACAGAAAGCCCAACUCCCUCGACUGUCAACAGAACAAGUAGCAAGAAUCCAUAUGUUGAUACCAGGAUAGUAGGUGGGGAUGAAUGUCGUCUGGGUGAAUGCCCAUGGCAGGCUGUACUAUUAAAUGAGGAAGGAGAAGAGUUUUGUGGUGGAACAAUUCUGAAUGAAAAUUCUAUACUUACUGCUGCUCAUUGCAUGAAUCAAUCUAAAGAAAUCAAAGUUGUUGUUGGUGAAGUGGACAGAGAGAAGAAAGAGCCGUCUGAAACGACGCAUAGUGUGGACAAAAUACUUGUUCACCCUAAAUACGUUGCUGCAACUUAUGAUAAUGACAUAGCCUUAAUAAAGCUGAAGGAACCUAUCACAUUUUCGGAGUACAUUGUCGCAGCGUGCCUUCCCAAAGCAGACUUUGCUAAUGAAGUUCUGAUGAACCAAAGAUCUGCGAUGGUUAGUGGCUUUGGGCGUGAAUUUGAAGGUGGACGACUAUCCAAAAAACUGAAAGUGCUCGAAGUCCCCUAUGUUAAUAGGAACACUUGCAAGCAAUCGACUAACUUUGCAAUAACAGAGAACAUGUUCUGCGCUGGUUAUGACACAGAGCAAAAAGAUGCUUGUCAAGGAGACAGUGGAGGCCCCCAUGUAACCAGAUACAAGGAUACUUAUUUUGUUACUGGAAUUGUUAGCUGGGGAGAGGGAUGUGCAAAGAAAGGCAAAUAUGGUGUCUAUACCAAAUUGUCCAGGUUCUUGCGUUGGGUAAAAGCAGCCUUGAAUUUGUAGUGGUGGUGUGUCUCCUGAUCCUUCUGAUAGCUUCCCAGGUGCAAUUUUUGUAACAGAAACUUUUUUUUCCACAUCUGCUAAAUUUGUUUUGAGAGCUGAUUCCUUAAAGUUACGGUGCCGCUUCUAUUUGUAUUAUUCCUGGCUUUAAAUCACAUGUAUGUGGACUAUGGGUAGUGUUUCGAAUCUGUUGAAUGGGGGAAUUUCCCAAAACAAAGUGGUUGCUCAGUGGGGUCUUUGAUUUGCUUUAGUUAUUUUUAUAUUACCAUUUUGGUUCCUGUCUGUUGACCCAAGUGCUUCCGCCAGAGGCUCAUAAACAUAUCCUAAACAAUCACUAGCCAUGAUGAAAGUGGGCAGGACAGGACUUCAAUUAAUCCUCGUAUUGCAACCAUCUGGCUCAGCAGGGAGUUUGUUAUUACUGGAGUUGUUUAGCUUGCCCCUUUGGAUGUAUUCAGAAGAGUAAGGGAGCAAGGGAGCUUACAUGGCAAAAGCUGAAACACAAGUAAAUAUUCAGUGUAUGAUUGAAUAAUAACCACAUGUUCCACAGAAGGCCUACUCAGGUCACAACAGCUAAUUAAAAUAGUGGUUUGCUUUAUAUGGAUUGUAGUUCACCUUAGUUUAAUUUAAACAUUGCUGCUCAUCAGAAAAAAAUUUAUGUGCAUGUUCAUUGUUUUCUGUAUCGUGUUGUGGAUUGUGUAUGGCUGAGGAUUGGAAAUCUCCUAUUUUUCUGGGUGUUUCUGUCAGGUGCAAUAUUGAUGUACAGCAGCAUUUGAAAUAAAACAUUCUUUCUUCUUCGCUACUUUUUUUUUUAAUCAAA